AUGAGACGGACAAAUCAGACCCAGGUGACCGAGUUCCUCCUUCUGGGACUCUCUGAUGACCAGCGCACCCAGCAGCUGCUGUUCCUCUUAUUCCUGGCUGUCUACCUGCUCACCGUGCUUGGAAACGUACUUCUCAUGUCCCUUGUUCUGGCCGACUCUCGCCUCCACACACCCAUGUACUUCUUUCUAUGCAAUUUAUCUCUGGCUGACCUCUGCUUCUCCACCAACAUCGUCCCUCAGGCCCUCGUCCACCUGCUGUCCAGGAAGAAAGUGAUUUCCUUCACACGCUGUGCAGCGCAGCUUCUCUUCUUCCUCCUCUUUGGGGGUACACAGUGUGCCCUCCUGGCGGAGAUGUCCUAUGACCGGUAUGUGGCCAUCUGUCACCCUCUGCAUUACCCUAGCAUCAUGACAUGGAGGCGGUGCGUCCAGCUGGCCGCAGGGUCGUGGGCGAGCGGCAUUCUGGUGUCUGUGGUGGACGCCGCCUUCACGCUAAGGCUCCCUUACCGGGGCAGCCGUAACGUGGCUCAUUUCUCUUGUGAGGCCCCUGCCCUGGUGGUCCUGGCGUCCACAGACACCCGCGCUCCAGAGAUGGCCAUUUUCCUCAUGGGGGUUGUGAUUCUCCUCAUACCUGUUGCCCUAAUCCUGGUGUCUUACGGCCGCAUCAUAGCGACGGUGGUCAGGAUGCAGUCAGCCUCGGGGAGGCUCAAGGCAUUCUCUACCUGUGGCUCCCACCUCGUGGUGGUCAUCCUUUUUUACGGGUCAGCAAUCGCCACCUACAUGACACCGAAGUCUUCCAAAGAACAGAAGAAGCUGGUGUCUGUGUUCUAUGCCAUAGUGACCCCCGUGCUUAACCCCCUCAUCUACAGCCUGAGGAAUAAGGAUGUGAAGGGGGCGCUGAGGAAAGUGGCCACGAGGAAUGUCCCAUGCAGGCUUGCAACUUUCCACUGA